AUGAGCGUGGGCUUCAUCGGCGCUGGCCAGCCGGCCUGUGCGCUGGCGCGCGGCUUCACGGCCGUAGGCAUCUUGUCCGCUCACAAGAUAAUAGCCAGCUCCCCCGAAAUGGAUCUGCCCACGGUGUCGGCGCUCAGGAAGCUGGGUGUGCACCUGACCCGCAGCAACAAGGAGACGGUGCUCAACAGUGAUGUCCUGUUCCUGGCGGUGAAGCCACACAUCAUCGCCUUCAUCCUGGAUGAGAUCGGAGCCGAUGUCAAGGACAGGCACAUCGUGGUCUCUUGUGCGGCCGGUGUCACCAUCAACUCCAUGGAGAAGAAGCUGAUGGCUUUCCAGCUGGCCCCCAAGGUGAUUGGCUGCAUGACCAACACGCCUGUGGUGGUGCGGGAGGGUGCCACCGUGUACGCCACGGGCACCCAUGCCCUGGUGGAGGACGGGCGCCUCCUGGAGCAGCUCAUGAGCAGCGUGGGCUUCUGCACCGAGGUGGAGGAGGACCUGAUGGACGCCGUCACGGGGCUCAGCGGCAGUGGUCCUGCCUAUGCUUUCAUGGCCCUGGAUGCAUUGGCUGAUGGAGGGGUGAAGAUGGGCCUCCCGCAGCGACUGGCAGUCCGACUAGGGGCCCAGGCCUUGCUGGGAGCUGCCAAGAUGCUGCUGGAUUCAGAGGAGCACCCAGGCCAGCUCAAGGACAAUGUUUGCUCCCCUGGGGGUGCCACCAUCCACGCCUUGCACUUCUUGGAGAGUGGGGGCUUCCGGUCCCUGCUCAUCAAUGCCGUUGAGGCCUCCUGCAUCCGCACACGGGAGCUACAGUCCAUGGCUGACCAAGAAAAGAUCUCCCCAGCUGCCCUCAAGAAGACCCUCCUGGACAGAGUGAAGCAGGAAUCGUCCACAGUGUCCACGAUGACCCCCUCCAACCCAAGGACGCUCCUCACAAGAAGCCCAGCCCUGGGAGGCAAGAAGGGCUAAGGCAGCCUCUACCUGCUCUGUGGUCCAGGGCCCUCAGCUGAGGGGGCCUUGUCCCACCCACACAUACACACCCAGUCCCCAGCCAUGUAUGCCAGGGGCAGCCUCUGGUACCUUCCAGGUUCUUGUGAUAAAAACCUCCUUAAACCUGUUCAGAUCAGCCCAUUCUGA